GAGCCCGGCGGAGCCGCAGCGGGAUGGGACACCGGCGGGGCACGGCCGUGCUGCUCCUCGCCUUGGGGCACCUGGCUGGGCUACUGGCAUCGGGCACCACCUGCACCAACGUGUACCAGGGCUUCACAGACUGCGUCCUCAAACUGGGGGAAAACAUGGCCACGUACGAGGAGGCAGAGGGCAUCGAGCUGCAGGGGCUGCACCGAGUUUGUGGGUACUGGGAUGAAUUUCAUACGUGUGCUCUGAGGGUGCUCUGGAAGUGCCAGAAAGAAGCAGUGGCCAUCUGGGAGAUGCUGAGACGGGAGUCUCGAAAAAUCCAAUUUCCAGGCAGCUUGUUUGACCUCUGCAGCCCCAGCACAGCCCAAAGCUUUGCCUGGACCCAUGUUCCCAACAUUUCCAUCCUUGGUAUCCCCCUCAUCAUCACUUGGCUGAAUUUAUAAACUGAAGCUCUGUAAGUGUGGCACGAAGGUGGUGGCAGCAGCACGUGUCGUGGCAUCUGAUCACUUUUUCAAACCUCUGAGAAUAGAUUGUGUGGUGCUCAGCAAACACUUGGCUCCAUCCUGCACCUGGGAGAUGCAGGAGAGCUUGGUAGCAUCUCCUGGGUUUUGCUUCUUCACUGUAAUUUGGGAUGUCUGUCCCUUCUGCCUGAAGGCACAGGCACAGAUCUGUUUGACUGCAGAACCUGGGAGCUUGUAGAUGCGGGGCAGAGGAAUUGGGGGGAAAAGUGAAAUUGGUUGUGAACACUGGAUUCUUUUGUGCUCUUCUGUGGCUCCUGGAAGGAAACCUGUUUGCUUUGCUUACCCCAUCACAUCAAUUCUCCAGAGUUUUGAUUUGGGCACUGAAGAUGUGGGCGCUUCUAUCAGUGCUAUUUGUGAGGUGCGGGGGACAGCGUGUGUCCCCUCAAGGGCAGAGAAGUGUCCCUACAGCUCUGAACUGGCCUUUUUUCUUUGAGGACAUGGUGAGACCCCUGUUGAAGAAUAAUCAAAGGUGUAUAACAGCUCUUGCACACAUCUGAACUCCUGAGUAACUCUUGUGUUAUGUAUAAAUCUCUUUUCUAAAAAACAAUAGAGGGCAAAAAUAUUUAUGGGGAGAGGACAGAAAGGAUUAUAACAACUCCUUUGCUACAAAGCUUACCCAAAGGUAUCUGUACCUGCUGGUGGCAGUGUGUGUAAUUCCAGAGUAUUAAAGUUCAUU